AUGGAUGGCCUACUCACACCUGUGAGUAUCGUCUAUAAAAAUCAAGAGCAAAAGGAUGAAGAUGCUCUCGUCGAGAUAUCUACCUCGUCACCAUCGAUCCAGCCGGCAAAUGAGACUCAUUCAACUGCUAUCCAUAUAUCAAGCACCGAAGGAGCUUUGGAAACUUUAAAAAAUCAGCCCAGUUUUGAUGAUCUGAAGUCAGUUCUGGAGUUCCUCGAUAGAGAAAAAACCUUUAGUAUUACGUCUCCAGGACCUUUGGCUGCUCAGCUUGUCCAUGUCCUGGUGUUUGAAGUUAUACCAAAUUACUGGAGUAUUCUUCAUGAAUCAAGUGGCCAGCACAAGAAAAACAAGAAGUCUUAUAAUCUCAAAUUACUGUUGAACUCCAUUCGGAGUAUAACAGGUAUUAAUGCAAUACUACUAAAUCUAAAACGACUCACACAACUGUCUAAAGACACCAAGAAGAACAUAGGAGGUUCAAAUAUACAAGAAAGUCUCAAGAUUCAAUUGCAACUUUGUACCGAGGUUCUAGAGGGGGAGAGCUCCAUUGAAAAGCUCUGGAACACCAUUACUGAUUCAUCCGAUGUCCUCACCAAGCAGAGGGCUAUUUUCAACGAGCUUUUGGCCUUGAUAGGAAGUGGGAAGAUUGUUGGAGUCACUGCUGAGGCCGAGGCAAUCUCCAAUGAACUCAGCAAAGAGCCGAAUGAUAGGUAUUGGGUUGCCGAUGGAGGCCUUUACAGCAGAUGGCUGGGUCAAAACAUCAUUUUUUGGUUGAAAUCUCUCCCACAAGAUGCCGAGCAGGCAUGGAAGAGCUGCAAUGAGCUCUUUGGAAAGUGUCUUCGGCUUGGUCACGUUGAUAAUAUUGCCAAAGAGAUUCUAGGCUCUCUACUCUUACAAAAAGAAGAAGAUGCAGCGAAAUUCAUGACGCUCUAUGGAUACCUUCCAAGUUUUGAACAACGGAAUCUACUUUACACAUUUUUAAACCUACUGUCACAAGAUAAUUUAUCAAUGGAUAUCACGUCUGAUGAUGAUGAUAAAUGGUGGGAAGCAAAUACAAGCAUCGUAUCAGCUGCAGCCAAGCUCAUUAACAUGCUGGUUGCCGAUAAUGAGUCACGGAAGGAUCAUCUCAUAGCUUGGUUGACAAACUCUUCAGGGGCUGGCAUAGGCGAAGGUGUAGCAAUUCGACGUGCAGCAAUUGUAUCACUCUCCAAAAAUAAGAAGGACAUGGAAAUCAUAUUAGAGAAGAGUUUGAGCCAAUUUGGCGACACUUUGUACAUUAGACAUGCUCCGACCUUACAACAAGAAGUACAUGCUCAAGUUCUUCUCUUGUCUGCUGGGUACGUUCGUCGAAUGUCGCCUCUUAGACUUACGAUGAUCAUGAGGUCAGGUUCUCAUUUGAGUGUAGUUUCGAAUAGAUUGGCUGCAUCCUCCCCCCGAGCGCGCUUCUUGGGUAUGGUCAUCGGCGAAGUUUUGUCUGGCUCGGUUGAUAAGGGAGAGAACAUCAUGGAUUUCAAGCUCAACGACACGAAAACACCCGAGGCAAAGUGGUAUAAGAGUUUAGUAAAUCUGUCGGAUACGAUUGGUAAUCUUGAGCCUCUGAAGUCGAAAUUCGUCCCCCAGACGUCGAAAGCUGCGAAAGCUGCAAAGAGCAAACCAGCGUCAAAACCAAACUCACUCAAAGGAAACUCCAAAAUAAUCGCCAUCGAAGAAAUCGAAGAUGAUGACGAUGACCAAGUAGAAUCCGACGAUGAUGGACUUACCCCUUAUGCCAAGCCAGAUUCCGACGUAGAAGACUCGGAUGAAGAUCCAACACUUAUCACAAGGAACAAACCAACCGCUCCUGUUUAUAUUCGUGACCUAAUCACCUACUUACGAGAUACCGAAAACUACGAUCGUCAAAAACUAGCACUUUCCACUGCGGCCUCUUUAAUACGACGAAAGGCCAAUUUCGGCACUGAAGUUAGUUCUCACGCAGAAGAAAUCGCAACUCUGCUCGUUGGUCUCCAAGACAAGUACGAUAUCGAAAAAUUUCAAGAAAUGCGUUCUCAAGCUAUGAUCGCCAUCCUCAUUGCACUACCCGAGAAAAUGGGCCAGUGGUUUUCCAAAACCUUUUUCGAUGGCGAUUACUCUCUAUCCCAACGUGCUGCCGUUCUCACUACACUCGGUCUUGGAGCUCGAGAAUUAGGCGGUUAUGGCUCUGAAGAUAAAUCUCUCACCAAUACCACCGACUCAUCUUCAUCUCCUUCUUCCUCCUUUCCGUCCAAGAAGCUCCCAGAAGCAAUGCACAAAUACUAUACCCCAUCCUCUUCAAAACCUGCUCUCACCGCAACGAUCAACCCCGUCGAGGCCCUAACAAGCACCCUCCAAAACACCUUCCUCGCCCCCCUUGCCGCCCAAACAGCCGACACCCUAACCGGCCCCAACAUCCUCAAAAUCCGCACUUUCUCCUCCCGUCUCGAAGUAGAAAAGAAGCGCAAGAAACCCAUCUCCAAUGCUCUUGCAAAAAUCGUCUCAGGAUCUUUCUUCUUCCCUCUCACCGGUCGCUUCUUCAUCCAUCUAAAAGCCUACGGAACCAACUCCUCCUCCAACAUCGCGUUCCAACCUUACCUCCUCAAUCUCUUCCUCAAAACCCUCAGCAUCAUCCUCCACUCCUCGGGCCAAUCAACCCUCAGCCUCCCACAAAUGACGAGCGAAUUCUGGGAUCUCUGUCUCAGUCUCCGCACCCAAGCAAUCUCAGACGUGAUAGUUCAAGAAGCUCUUCUCUUUUCAUUUGUAACGAUCCUCGAGAUUAAUGAGGGGGAUCUAAGGGGUCUAGCGGAGAGACAUGGAAGGGAAUUCUUGGAGACGAGGGAAUGGGUAGAAGUCGUUUUUAAGGGCAUUAGAGGGGGGAGUGAAGAGGAUGAGAGGAGGAGAUUGUUGGGGGCGGGUGUGCUGGUUAGGAUUGGGGAGUGUGUGGAGAAGUAUCAGAGGGUUAUGAUUGGAGAUGUGGUGGGGUUUGCGUAG